AUGACAGCGUUCCGGUUGACGAUCGAGGACGGACAGUUUCGAGAUAAACAAGGCCGCGAGGUCGUUCUUCGCGGAAUUAAUGUGGCUGGCGACAGCAAGCUGCCCAGCGAACCCGACCAGCCCUCCCACGUCAGCGAGCGCUUCUUUGACGGCGACAAUGUAGCAUUCCAUAACCGACCAUUUCCCAAAGACGAAGCGGUGGCACACUUUGCUCGUCUGAAAAGAUACGGCUUCAAUACAAUUCGAUACAUAUUUACUUGGGAAGCCAUCGAGGCCGCGGGACCUGGAAAUUAUGACGAAGACUUCAUCCAGCACACGAUCGAUGUGCUGCGCGUCGCCAAAUCGUUUGGCUUCUACAUCUUCAUGGAUCCGCACCAAGACGUGUGGUCGAGGUUUACAGGAGGCUCAGGCGCACCGAUGUGGACGAUUUAUGCUUGCGGCUUGAACCCAGAAACCUUCGCUGCAACCCAGGCCGCCAUUGUGCAUAACACAUGGCCUGACCCAAGCCAGUUCCCCAAGAUGAUUUGGUCUACCAACUACUUCAGACUCGCUACAGGGACCAUAUUUACCAUGUUCUUUGCUGGCAAAGCGUUUGCUCCCAAGUGCAUCAUCGAUGGGGUCAACAUCCAGGACUAUCUUCAAAACCACUUCGUCAAUGCGUGCGCACACCUUGCCAAACGCAUACAUGAGGCUGGCGACCUCGAAAACGAGGUUGUCAUGGGCUGGGAGAGUCUUAAUGAGCCAAACAAAUGCAUGAUUGGUUACCAGGACCUCACUGUCAUUCCUAAGUCUCAGCAUUUGAAGAAGGGCACUUCUCCAACGAUGUGGCAAACUUUCCUGACGGGCAUGGGCCGUGCUUGUGAGGUUGACACCUGGGAAAUGGGUGGUAUGGGACCUUACAAGACCGGCACGGAACUGGUCGACCCCGAGGGCGAAAUUGCUUGGCUGCCUGCUGGCUACGAUGACUCGAGAUAUGGCUGGAAGCGAGACCCUGGUUGGAAACUUGGAGAAUGCGUCUGGGCGCAGCAUGGUGUUUGGGAACCCGCUACCGAUACAUUGCUGCGAAAGGAUUACUUUGCCAAUAGCCCAGAGACGGGCAAGACGAUCGACUACCCAGAAUUCACAAAUACAUAUUUUAUGGAGUUUUGGCGCAGAUACAAGACCGCCUGCAGAGCUAUCCACAAAGACUGCAUUAUGCUGAUGCAGUUCCCGACCCUGGAGCUCCCGCCUGAGAUUAAAGGGACCCCGGACGACGACAAACUGCUCGUUUUCACACCGCAUUACUACGAUGGCAUCACACUGAUGACCAAGCACUGGAAUAGUACCUGGAACGUUGAUGUGGUUGGUGUCUUGCGUGGCAAGUACCUGCAUCCGGCAUUUGCCAUUAAAAUCGGAGAGACUGCCAUUCGCAAUUGCUUAAAGGACCAACUCGCCACCCUUCGAAAAGAAGGAAUCGAUCGCACUGGAAAUCAUCCUUGUUUACUGACCGAGUUUGGCAUUCCUUACGAUAUGGAUGAUAAAAAGGCCUAUAAGACGGGCGACUAUAGCAGCCAAGCUGCGGCACUAGAUGCAAACUACUUUGCUGCCGAGGGCUCAGGCAUGGAGGGCCACUGUCUAUGGGUGUAUAGCGCCAAUAACGUGCAUCAGUGGGGUGAGAACUGGAACGGCGAAGAUCUGUCAAUUUAUUCGCACGACGACCUUGUUCCUCCGACAUCUGCCUUGCCCAGGUAUUCCGACUCGAAUGUCAGCCUACCGGAAGAGAAUAGCGUGAACCCUGCGAAUCUCCGCCGGUCGAUUACAAGCCCGUCUAUCAGCUCGACACCGUCUCUCAACAACCCUGAACUCACGAAUGCGCCUGGUUAUCGUGCUGCUGAAGCCUUUAUCCGACCCACUGCGACUGUGGUGGCAGGACAAGUCAUUUCGGCCGGCUUUGACAUGCGCCGAUGCGCGUAUGAUCUGAAGCUCAGAGCGCCCAAGGUUACCGACGAGAAGUUCCCAACGGUGGUGUAUCUGCCCGAGUUUCAUUUCCCCCGAGACGAAUGCGAAAUUGCCGUGAGCUCGGGCAAGUGGGAGAUUAGCGUUGACGAAGACGAGGGCGUCCCGCUGCAGAGACUGAAAUGGUGGCAUCCCGAGGGGGAGCAGAGCAUCACAGUGACUGGACUGGUCCGUAAGCACAAUGUUCUUGCUGGUACGGCCGAGGAAGAUUCAUACAUGCAGCAGUGCCAACAAGGCUAUCUCAACAGCUGCAGCGUGAUGUAA